AUGGCGCAAGCCAAGUUGACCUUCAUCACAGAGCUGGCACAUCCGAUGAGAAACGUCCGCUUGACGGAUCUCGGGCUUCGGAUGAUUCUGACGAGCCUGUCAAGAAUACUAAGGAUACGCCGGGUUCCCCCACUGUGGAUCGUCGAAAAGGUCAACAUGUUUUCGAGGGAGAUACGCUGGGACUUUUCUGGCAAUACUGUGCACUACCCUGAUGAACUUGGGCAUAAACAUCCCGCUCACCCGAAUUCAAUUGAUGCCACCGGGCAGAGAAGGGUCUUUUCUGGAGGAAGACAGAGCAUUGUCAAUACCGAGGACGAGGCAUCUGAUGAGGAUGAGACGUACGAUUGGAGUGAUGAGGAUGAUUUGGUCGAUGAGGAAGCAAGGUUCGAGGAGAAGCUUGGUGUUAAAUCCCCUAAGAAAAAGAAGUGGGGUCCGAAACGGAUCGCCACCUUCUUUUUCUCCACUCUUAUUGGGUCCACAAUUCUUGUGGGCGUUCUCGCGGCUGUCCCCAUUUUCGUUCAUUUCUACUGGUACAAACCACACCCUACGCCACGUCGCCGUUGGGUCUCAAAUAACAUUUCCGCUUGGUUCUAUUGGGCUGCCGCCAAUUUGCUCAUUUCUUGGUAUCUCGCUGCGAUCGUGAACAUUGUGCCACAUGUUAUGACUUGGAUCGUCCAUAUCUCCUGGGGAACCGUUACGGAAAGGUUCAAGAGCAAUAUGGCCAUGUAUGAUGCAUUCAAAGGUCAUAUCAAACCUAUUCUUUAUGCGGCAAGUGGCUGGGUGUCUUGGUCGAUUAUAUUUUCUGGCAUCUUUCAUUUAUACGAUUCCAAGGGUGGAUCCUCUAGUCAGGCAGCGUACACUGAUAGGCUUCACCAAGUUGUUGUACUUAUCUUCUUCAUUGUUCUAUUAUUCUCCAUAGAGAAGAUCAUUCUUCAAAUGAUCGGAUUCACAUUCCAUCGUGUCGCCUUCGAGGACCGCAUCCAGGAAGUAAAUAAGGCUACCAACGUGCUGGAUCACCUCAAGGACUACAAGCCCACACACAAAAAUCGGCAGUCGGGUUUCAAUUUUGGCCGAGUCAUCUUUCCACCACUCCGCGCUCCCCAAAGUCGGCCUUUGACUCCUAUUGAGAGUCAAACUGAAGAUCCCCAAGCUUUAGAAGCUGGAUUUGCUGCUGAUAAUGAUGAGAUUCCCGCAAGUGCGAAAAAAUAUCGGAAAAAGCAGCGAUCGAGUAAGAGCUGGUUUGGCGGGGGUAAACGAGUCCCUACCUCGGAUCCGACGAACGACGCUUUCACCGCGGAGAUGACACCCAUAUCUUCGGGUCGGGAUGGGGUUAGUAAUAUAUCAUCAGCUGAUGUCACGAGGGGGAGUUUUCAAGGGGAAAGAUCUAGAUCAAAUUCCCCGUCACCUCGUUUUGCGUUGGGGUCCGGAAGUCAAACUCACACCUACCCUCCUAAUAACAAUGAUUCUAAUCGUCGUGUGGGGGGUGGUGAGACGGAGGUGACGGAUGAUGAAGGUUUUGGAGCUGUCGCCACUACUGCUGCGAGAGUGUUGAAGACUGCUGUGUUGCACGAUGCGAGGAAUAUCAAGGGAAAGGACAUCACGGCCGCUGAUCUGGGCUUCGCGAUCAGCAGCCCUCAUGAAGCGAAGAAACUGGCGCGUAAUCUUUAUUUUGCUUUCCGAGGGGACCACAGACGUCGUCAUCUCAUUCCAUCGGAUUUUUAUCCUGCCUAUGGUACACAUGAGGCAGCGAAGGAGGCUUUCAAGAUUUUUGACAAAGAUGGGAAUGGAGAUAUCACUCGAGCGGAGAUCAAGACGACCAUCUUGAAGAUUUACAAAGAACGUCGGUUCUUGGCUAGAAGUUUGAGGGAUGUGGAUCAUGCGCUGUCGUCGUUGGAUAUAAUCAUGAUGGUGUUCUUUACGAUGGUUCUUUUCUUUAUCUCGCUCUCUGUUUUCAGUGUCUCCAUUGGAAAAUCCCUGGCUUCGAUCUAUACUCUCGGUCUUGCUGCCUCCUUUGUUUUCAAAAAUUCUGCGUCGAAUGCUUUUGAUGCAGUUAUCUUCCUUUUCGUCACCCAUCCGUUUGAUACCGGUGACAGAUGCUUCAUUGAUGAGGAGAAUUUAGUUGUUAAGAAGAUGGGUCUGUUCGCGACGACUUUUACACGCGCGGAUGGGACACAGGUUUAUUACUUCAACUCGCAACUCUUCGUCAAGUUCAUUUCCAACGUGCGCCGUAGCGAGAAAAUGUUUGAGAAUUUGAGGAUCCAGGUCAAUUGGCGGACGCCUCUCGAAAAACUCGAUCAACUCGAUAAAUGUAUUAAUCAUUGGAUCGAAACUGAUGAUAAUCGCUGGUUCGGAGGGGGCACUAAUUGUACAUUGCAACGUAUCGACAAUCAGAGGAGUCUCGAAAUUACUAUGGGUAUCCCCCACAACAGUAACUGGCAAGAUUGGGGGGCUUAUUUGAAUCGCAAGACUGUCUUUCACGCUGCCGUCAACCACUACUGCCGCGAACUGGGUAUUACUUGGGUCAACUCGCCGCAGCCCGUCCUACUUGUGAAUCCGGACGAGAAGAUGGCCCCUCGUCCGUCUGCGUAUGAUGAAGGUAAUGUUACCAUUAACGAAGCGGAACCUCCGUCUCCAGAAGUCAGAGAGAUACCUGUUUCACCCAAGUUGCCUCCGGCACCCAAGCCCGCGCUCUUCUUUAAACCUCCAGCGGAGGAGUACGCUGCUGGUAUGCGUCUCAGAAAGUCUAGGAAGAAUGCGGCACGGGCCAACCACGACUUUUAG